AUGAGCAACUACAUCUGGAACAACACCUACUCGCUAGAAUUUUUGAGCGAGGACUUUUAUGAGUUGAACAUCAGCACAAAGGACAACGUGUACGAAGUUGUGAGGAAAAGGAAAGAUGACAACGAAGUGGAGAGCCUUAGCAUUAACAUAAGCCAUCACAUAUGUAUGUUCGUGCAGCUGUUAGAUAAUUUAUUAGGGAAAAUCAGUUACAAUAACAGCAUAAUAAAUGACACACUAAAUUAUAAAAGACUAUCGGAUAUCUUUCACUUUGUAAAAAAUCAGUUAUAUAAUUGUGAUUACAGUUUGUUCUUGAGGAUUUAUUCUAUCUACCAUACGUAUAACCAUAGAAAAAAUGGAUACCUCGAUGUGAACACUUUAUACACAUUUAUUUUGGACAUAAUAAACAAGAUUGAAAAUUUGAAUGAAAAUAAUUUUUUGAUUCUGCCUGGCGGGUUUUAUUUACAAAAAGAAAAAAUGCUAAUUAAAAUUCUGUACAUAAUUCAUAAAAAAAAUAAUAUGUACAGUUUCACAGUUUUAAAUAAUUCCAUCUAUGGCAUUCAGUAUCAUCCUUUCAAGAUUGACGAAGUUGAUAACUUGGGUGUUCUCCUAAGGGACGUAACUCUGUGUAUAAAAAAUAUUAGCAAAAAUUUCCUCACCAAUUCCUUAUUUUGGCUGUGUCUGUACCGGUUGUAUAUUUUGCCCAAUCCGGACAACGUUGAUAUUUUGUACCAGGUGCUGUUGCCAUAUUUGAAUAACUCCUUUUUGACGAACAACUGGAAUUUGAACAAUAAUAAAACGGUCCGGGUGUCCCAGGGGGGUGGAAGCAGUGUCAGCGGUGGCAGUGGCCACGUUGACGGUGCUAAGAGUAAUAGCAGUGGUAGCGGCCUUAAUGUGGACCCCUACGGAGACGUGUUCGGGCGGAUGGGAAAUGCCCCCAAUUCGCAGAACUUCUUGAGCGGUACUUAUAACUAUGCAAGCAGUUCGAGUCAUCAAGGUAUGCAUCGCACGGGGGGACUUUUCAGCGGCCUUGAUCAAGCGACAAAUUUUAACAACCGAAGUGAAGUGAACAACUUAAUCAACUUGGAUCCUUUGGGAAGCGGCACAGGGGAUUUCCAAAGUGGAAAUAAAUUUAACACAUAUGAAAGCAACCCUAACAAGAAGCCGGACUAUUUCAGCGCAUUCGAUUUUGUCGAUAAUGCGAGUGGCCGGGAUGGGGGCAACCAUGUGUAUGUCGGUGGCGGAAUGGGGAGCGGAAUGGGAAGUGCCAUGUACGGUGGGCGAUCAACCGACAAUUUCUUCAGCGACGGACGGGGAAACGACAAGGCGGCAAACGACAGUGAGAAAUACGGAGGCAUAUACGUAAACAUUUACAAAAAUAAAUUCACCUCGUUCUCCAUGAGCUUAUACUAUUGCAUAAUAUACAUUCUGAAAGUUUUGAACAUACAAGAGGAAGACAUCGAGGUGUUUAAAAUUUUUUUGUACUAUAGCAUCGUCUUGAAAUUGUGUGACGAUUUGUUUGUGUAUGAUAAUAUAGAGAAGAAUCGCCUCGAGAAUUCCCACCAGAGAUUGAUGGGUACAGGAAAGGAGAAUAUGUUCUCCAGUACAAAUGAUAAGCAGGCCCCUUUUUUGGGGAACAACAUGUCCUACCCAGCUGAUGGCUUCUCCCCUACAAUGGACCUUAACCACUUGAGUGGGAACUACAACCGCGGGGGAGACGGACAACAAAUGUACCUUCAAAAUGAUAACAGCAUUUCUAAGAGCAACGUCUACGGUAAAAUGGAAAUGAAACAGGACCCAAACAAAAUAGACUCAACCUUUUUCACCUUCCUAGACAUGAGUAUCAGAAAAUUGUGCAUCCUUUUUCAUCAAUAUUUUUGUAAAAUGAAAAUGGGAAUAUACGACAAGAAUAAAAUGAUAAGAAAUGAGAUUCUUAAUGAAAUAUUGAAGAAGGUCAUAUUUGUAAAAUAUAUGUACACCAAGGUGGAGUCUAGGCUUUAUGCAGACGCAACGAUAACGGGGGGCGGAGAGUUAAUGAAAGGUAAAGAUUACAAAAAUAGCAUUAAAUUCCCCAUGGAGAUAUUAUUACAGGAAGAUAUGUACAAGAGUUAUCGAAAAAUAGAAAUAAAAAAGGACGUGAACAUUCCCAUAUCUUUUUACAUUUCGAGGAGGACCAUCCAAAAUUUUGACGAUCUUUAUGUUAUACUUUACCAGACAAAUAUUAUUACGAAUAUAUUAAUUAAUCAGAAGAACUACAUUAAGCAUUGCUACUUGUUGGCCUUUUCCUUCGUUUCGCAUGUCCUCAAUAAUAUGUUGCCAUCCCCGAAGCAUUUUAUAUACUUGUCCCAAUUUCAAAAGCUGAAGAGAUCACUCCAGAUUAGUCUCUUCCAGGAAAUAUACCACAUGCAUAACGAUAUUUAUUUUAUAUCGUGUUCAAUUGUCCAGAAUAAGCAAAUAGUUAUGUACAAGAUUGUUAACAGUUCCAUGCUUUUGUUUUUGUACGACUUUCUGUUACGUAUUCCAUGCGUGGACGUGUGUUCUCCGUUCGCAGUGCAUUAUAAUGGAUUCUCCACCGGGAUGGGAAGUUAUUUGGUUGACCCCCGGGGGGGUAUCGGCGUUGGGAGCAGUGACAGCGAGUUUGCAGAUCGGAGAAGAGGCCGCAGAAAGGGUGGAAGUCACUACCAAAUGAUGAAACAAUUUUCGAGGAAUGUGGCGGACAAUGACAGCUACUCCUCUCUGGACGAAUGCGCACACGCCGCAAGAGGAGCGGAGAUACAACUGUCUGGGUACUGCAUAGACAUAUCAGUGCUGGAAUGCUUUAGUAACUAUUUUCUCAUCAUAAAUCCAAAGCUAAAUAUUAUGAGGUCUGAUAUAAUAGAAUAUUUUUACAAAAUUAAUGAAAAGAAAAUUAACAAAAACAGUAAACUUUUUUUAUUCGAAAAAAGUGACGACAUAAACACUAGCGAAAUAGAGAUUCUGGAGAACAUCAGUCUAGACUUAGGGUUAGACAGGAAGAAAAAUCACAUCAUAGAAUAUUAUUGUGGAGAAAAUGCACUCUUCAAACAAUUGAUACCAGAAUUUUACCACCUUAGAGAUAUGCUUUUCCUGUUCAAGUCCUAUAUGUGUCCCUAUAUUGACAAAUUACCACCUGUGCGGGUUUACAAAUACGACGACAUAAAUUUAAGAUUUCGUUACAAGAACAAAUUAAAUGUUACUCUUUUUAAUCGUGAAAUUGAUAUAUGUGGAUAUAUGUGUCCCCCGAAAGAUACGAAACUCAAUUUUUUUUCCUUCCUGUACCAGUUUAUGCAGUCUCAGGAAAGUAAGAAGGACAACUGCAUUUUGACCUACUCCAACCCUAACAUGUAUACGAGUACGUAUAUUGAAAACGAGUUGGACGUUUUAUACGUAAACGAUUUGCCUUUUUUCCAUCCCUCCUUAAAUCUGCGAGAUGUGGAAAUUCUGUUGCAAUAUUUAACCGUUCCAUAUAUUCGAAUUCCUCUAAUUUUGGAAUUUUUUUGUGACAAGAACAGAAUUAAAAGUUUCCAAUCGUUUGACAUCCAGCAGCUACUUCUGUGCACUUUGUUCGAGCCAUACAUUUUUAAAAAUAAGUAUAGAGUUACAGAGGAAGAUAAUUAUGUCCCUACUAAGGACAGGAAUAUCUUCGCCACGAAAUAUGGACUCCUACUCAACGAACUGAUUAUGAGUCCUAAAAAUGUCCUCUGCAGCAUUUACUCCUAUUUGGAAUUCUUUUUCAGUUUUGAUAAGGAGAACAGCAGUAACGGAAAAGUCAUCAUGGUGUUUAUCGUCAUGCUAUGUACUUAUGUUAACUCUUACAUAGGAUUGAUACUCGAGACCAAUAGGGAAAUACGAAGAAAUUUGCGUAACAUUGAAAAUAUUGUCUUAAAGGAAGGACUCCUACCUAGGUGGAUGUGUAGCGAGAAAGAGGUUACCCCACAUACGGAGAAACAACAAACGGGUGAAACGAAGAAGGCAAAGCGGAAGAGAAGAAGGAUAAAAAGAAAACUUCAUUUUUUUAAUAAACUCAGAAAAAAAUUGAUAAAAAAUGAAUUAUAUUGUUCUGAUGAUGUUUUCUCGAAUUUAGAUUCUUACUACAGGAAGAUAAAAAGAAAGUUAGAGGAUGAGGUUAUUGAAGUUUUGUUAAAGUAUGCCAGACUGUGUGUCCAGAGGAAUGACAUAACGACCUGCUGUAUUUACCACGGGUGUAUUUUGCUAAUUUAUAAGGAUAUCAAAUUUAGGGAGCUCAAUCGAGACAAGGUGAAAAAUUUAUUGUCUUCCAUUUUUUUUAUUUUAACUUAUUACACAUUCAACGCGGAAACGAACUACGCUGAUUUGAAGAAUAUAUAUGGGUUGGGUUCCCUCUUUGUUAAUACAAGUGACAAUUUGAGUGGGGGUGGAAUGGAAUUGUCCCACGUGGCCAGGAACAAUGACAAGAGUGCUGCGAACGCACAGGAAAUACGUGGUUUUCUUGCGGACCCUUCAAGUGAUAGCUUUUCCCUCCUCAUUAAGACCUUCUCCGUGUGCGAAUGUGACAUUUUUAUUUCGAUACAUAGGCAUAGAAAUAUGCUGUUGAAAUAUUUGGAGAAAAAUGAAAUGGAGCGAAACAUCAUUUUUGAGCAUACAAUCCAUGUCUGCGCGUGUGUUCACGAGAAUAACAAAAGCGAAUACACAGGCGGUGGACGACUCAAUCGAUUUAACUCAAACAUUUUUUUGAAUUUCCGCGCGAAUGAAAAUAUCAUAAGGAAGUGGAUGCCAGCGCAUAAGUUUAAGCACGUGGGGAUUUAUACUAUAGAGAAUGUGAGCCAUGACAGGGGUAGUCGCAGGGGGGACGUAGGGCUAGUAGGUGGUGAAGGCGGAGGAAAAGUGUCCACCUCGAAUUAUUUUUUUACAUCCUCUGAUUCAUCCGGUUCGCUUGCGAUGACCAGUUCGUCCGGUUCAAUUGGUUUGUCUGGUUCCUCUACUGAUUCCAUCUCCUCCAUGUCCUCGUACGAUGAUGACUUCACGUCCACCGAGGAGGACGAAUCGGAGGAGUGCGAAGAUGUCGGGGAAGUGGCGAAUAAACAUGUGCAGAAGAACCACCAAGGAGGUGCUGCCGCCCCCAUGGAGAAGGAAGCGGAGUCAUCCCCAUGUGACGAAAACGCAAACGGGAAAAAGGACGGAGAGGAUACAAAUGGGGAUCUCUCUGGGGAAAAAGCGACCAUGCAUAUGGAUCAGCCGAUUAGUGUGAAGUCCAAGAAGAAGACAAAAAAGAACCUCAAUGAAAAGGGAGAAGCGGACGAAGAGGAAGCGAAGAUAAACGAAUUGAAAGGGAACAAGAGAAAAAAAAAGAAGAAAAAAAAAAAGCUAAUGAGGAUGAUGCAAAAAAGGAGAAGUGACAUUUUGGAUAAUCAGGACGAUGGAAGGUACAAUGAUGGAACGGAAAGGAACCCUUUACACGACACGAACUCCUUGCACUCCAACACCAUAAACCCCAUCCUGAACUUCCCGUCCUUUUUCAAAAGCACCAGUAGAAACAUCAACAGCAGUAGCGAAAAAAGGAUGUUAAGGAGGCAAAGGGCCAAAGCCAGGAUGGAGGCAAGGAGGGACAGCAUCCUGAGCAACAACAAGUACAUUUCUUACAUAAAAAAAAUAAUAAAAGAAAAAAAUAUUCUGAUCAACCUACAGCUAUUUACAUUUUCGUACAAGGAUAAUAAUAUCAUUACACUAAAUGAUAACAUGAAGAAAUUUAAAAAUUACAGAGAUGUCUUUUUUAACAAUAAAAAUAGCUACCUGAGGAGUGAGAAGAGAAAAAGGGUAAAUCAUAGCAGUAGAAUUAAGAAAAAAAAUGUGAAGGUCUUAAUUACGCAGUCGUAUAAAAACUUCUGCGCCUUUAACAUUAUUGGGAAGAAACACAAUUUAGAGGUGUGGAAAAUUUCCAACAAAAUAAACUUAAAAAAUUUAAUGAGUUAUCAAUAUGAUAAAUCCAAAAUAUUUUACCUCAAAAGUGGUAGCCUAUUGAGCAGUAUGAAAUUUAGCCCCACGAAGACGGACCAGGUUAGUAGCGAAAAUGCCUCUAGUGAUAAUCUGAAUAUGACAUGCUUUUACAACUUUCUGUCAAGCGAAGUCAAGACUGGUACUCUGUACGAGCAGGAGAACAACGACACGUAUGUGCGAAUCAUUUGGAAGUUUAAAAAAAGCGACAUGAGUGGACCAAAUGGAGAUAAUAACCCCAGGAGCAUCCGAAUCAGUGCAGAGGAUGUAAAGGGUAAAGACAACAGCGCUGUAGGAGGGCUGGAUGAUUGUGGAUCGAGAAAGGAUAAGGAAUUUUUCGAACUGAAGUCGUUUAAUAUAAAUUAUGAGACACAGAACAUUGAGGGUCUGUUUAAUUUUAAAUAUGAGGAGAACCAGUAUGAUAGCAGCUUGAUCAACACAACGGAGGAGUCCUCCUUCAGUGAUGACACGAGGAUUGUUUCGAAUGGUUACGAUUGGGAAGGUCAUCCCGCGGGGGACAAUGGGGAGAAGGCCUCCACGAGGUUGGUGCCUAGUAGUACUAGCAGUAGCGAGGGGAGUAGCGGAAGGAGCAGUGUAACAAGCAGUGUAGUAAGCAGUAUGGGAGGAGGAGACCUCGGCAUCUUAGGUGCCGGAACGGAGCUGAGCGUCCGCACCAAAGGGACAACGAACAAGCAAGGGAAGCAGGGAAAUUACAAAGACUCCAUGGGGGGUAAGGUAAAAAGUGGUGCCACCCAUUUGGAGGCAAAAAAGGAGAAGGAAAAAAAACUUGAUAAAAAAAAAAACGACAGUCAUGUAAAUAAGGAGGCAGAAGUGGAGGAAGAACAUGGACUUCGGGAAAUAAUUUAUCGGAAAGACAUGAAAUGCAUCUACAUUUACAACAUUUAUUUUAAACUGAAUCGUUUUGUGAAGAAGUUGUAUUACUGCAGUGACGUGAAAAAGGUGUACUUCUCGACCAGCAUAAACAGGUGCAAGAAUUUGUUUUAUAAUUUUGAAAAUAACAAUGUGCGUCUUUGUUACUAUAACAAUAAGGAGACGUACGAUAUGUACAGCUUGAGCAUAUCGAGAAAUCUCUACAACAACCUCCAGGUGCAGACCUAUUUGAACCCAGUGCACUUGUCCACUUUCGUCCCCAACAUUUUGUUGCAGUACUACAGUUUUUGGUACAAUUCGGAUGGAAGUAUUAUUGGGGAAAUAAAAAGUUUGAAGAAGAAUCGGAAGAACAGAAAUUCGAUUAUCUACAUUAGAUUAUUCGGUGGAGAGGGUGAUGGACUUGUUCCCACCGAAGAGAAGGGCAAAAGGAACAAAUGUUUGAGUUUUGUGAAGAGGGGGUUACACCUGCAUGGUGCAGAGAGUAAACAUAUGCCUAGUGUGCAGCAUUAUGGGGUUGUUCAGAAGUUACAAAUUUUUAAUGCACCAAAAAACUCAGGUAAAAUCACAUCCUUGAGAGUGAACAAUGAUUACAGAGCCAUGACCCUUAUUAACAUCCUGAGUUAUGAAAAUAACGAGGUGUAUAGAGAUUUUUACAACCUGUUGAUGAAAUUUGAUCACAUUACCUAUAUACUAAUUUAUACGUUAAGCGUUCCUUCCCUUUUUGGAAGUACCUCCGAAAAUGUGGAUGUGAGCAGCAUGCCCAUAACAGUGGACUUGGUGGAAAUACCAAGGUUAAACUUGACCCUACGUAGAAACAAUGUAGACAUAAGAAUGGGUGUGGGUGAAAGGGAUGACGCAGGUGAAAGGCAUGGUGUUUUGUCCCCCGGAGGGGCGAAAAAGGAUUCUUAUAAAUACCACUUCGAAGAACUGAACAUGUAUUUAUACACAGGAAAUCUCCAAAAGUAUAGUUACAUAUACAAUGUAAUAAAAAAGAUGAAUAAUACAGUUCUACUGAAGAAUAGCAAAAGUGAUUUCUUCUUUCUAGUAUCCCUCCUGAACAAGCCAUUUUUUCUCAACAUUGCAAAUUUGUAUAAAGAAUUUAAUAAGAAGAAUAUUCACCUGUGUACUCUCUUGGAGAAACAUAUAAACAUCCUCCUGAAAAAUCACAUGUACGUAACUAUUUAUUAUCAUAAUUUUAAUAUAAACAUGAAUUUGAAUAAGAACGUGGAUGUGCUUAAUGAAAACACAGAGACGAACACGGCGUCCAGUUUGCAGUAUAUCAUUUUGUCCGUCCAUACUUCCAAGCUGUUUAUUAAUUUCACAAAUAUUUACAGCUGCUUCUUUUUUAUCGUGUACAAGUAUAUACAGAAGGAGCAUGAAGAGGUGGUUGAGUACUGCAACAAUUUGAGUGUCUGCAAGGAUGAUAUUAAGGAGAUAAAAUAUUUGUUGAACAUUUUAAAUUACUGUGAUAGUAGUAUAUUUUCUGAUGUGGAUUCGUGUGCAUGCAGAUUGAAAAUAUUUAUCACUCUGUGCAAGCAGAUAAAAAUUAUUUUGCGGAAGAAGAGACAUCGAAUGGGCAAUAGGAAAGACAUGUGGAAUAUGGAGCAGUACUAUAACAUUUUCCACUAUGUAAAAUCUCUUUGGAAUUUUGACAAAUCAGGACCAAAUGAUAAUAACUCUUCCAGUGGCAAUGAAGCAUAUAACAGCGGAGCGGAUGCUAAUCAUUAUUCUACCGGUAGAGGUGCGAAUAGGAGAGGCAGUAAAGGUGGAAAUGGCGCUACACAUGGAAGAGACACUAAAAAUGGAAGGAGAAAAAAUCAAAUGCAUGAUACAAUGAACAAAAGUGAAGGAAGCUCAAGUGUAUAUGGCCUGUCGGAAAACUCGUCCUCCUACGACAGUAACUACGUGUCAUCUGAAAAGGAAAACAAAAAGAAAGAAUUAAAUGCACAGGAUAAAAUCAUCGAUGGAGAGGAUGACGAUUUGAGUGGCAAAAAAAAAAUGGUCAGGAAGAGUACCGAUUUGAAUAAAAAAAAGGGUGCAACAGGAAGGCGCGGAGAAAGUCAGAUGCGUAGUGGUCAGAAAAGCGUCCAAGAUAAAAACAUUAAUGAGCCAUAUGAAGAGAACAAUAAUAUGCACAUCUACAUGUACUGGGAUAUUAUAAAAGACAUUCAGUUUUAUAUAAACAAUCUGAUUUAUAUUAAGGCCAAGUGCAAACUAACCAUCGAUGAGGAGAUUUUCCUCUACCAAAAUUGUAACAUCAAUAUACACAAGUACAAGCUAAUUUAUAAUAGGUAUAUUAUCCUGAACAGCAUUUUGGAAUCGAAGAUGACGUCGGACAAGUGCAACCCGCUUUUCUUUUACAACAUUUUGAGGAAAAAGCAGCUGGAGAACCAGGCCAAGAUGAGGAAGUACCAAAUUCAGUACAGGAAUAAAAGCAAAAUUGAUGAGCUACACCCGACUAAGAAGUUGGAGAUGAAUUUGGCCUCACCGGAGCACGGCCUAAUGUAUAAUCAGAGCGGCUACGAUGUGGCGAAGAAGAAAAUGCAACCUACAAUGGAGAGUAAAACCCAUUUUGAAAACAUAAAGAGUAAUUUCGAAUCGCUGAAGAAUUGUCUGAGUGGCAAGAAGGAGAAGCAAGCAAAGGAUAAUAAUCUGGUUGUGUCAAUUAAUGUUCCCAAAGUGGAAGCAGUAAAAUACAUUAACAACAUCGACGAAAAUAUAUUCAUGAACAUCAAUCUGUAUGACAAUAUUGGAAAUAUUAUUAACAAUAUGAGUUACAAAAAGAUGGAGGACAAAAAUAACGUGGAUGCUCUGAACUACCUGAAUACUCUAAUCAACUCAUUGGGAAUACAAAACUUUUUCAUCAUCUACAAUUACUUUAUUAACAAUUUAAAUGUGAAAAUCAUCAAAGGGGAAAACACCUUCCUCUAUGGAAACCUUCUCUCAAGGUACUUAUACUUUUACAAUUAUAACAUAAGUCAGUAUAGUAAAAUUAUUUACAUAUUCAUAUUUAUUAUUAAUCAUCAGGAAAUUGUAAACAUGCUUCCAAAAAUUGACGACCAGAAAAUGAAAAAGAAUUAUUUGAACUUCUUCAAAACGAAUGACUCUGUUUUUAACUUCUUUAAUGAUAUUUUUAAAUUUGUUCAGAAUUUCCAAAAGGAAAGAAAAAAAAAAAUUAACAAGAAUAUUCUACCCCUCACGGUGGACAAUAAUUUGUCCAUAUCUAUAUCGGAUGUAAUUAAGUACCGACUCAUAAUUAACAUAAACGUAGAUGAUUACAUGUGUGAGAAGAGGGUCAUACAACCUUUUGAUGUAAAGCCAAAUGUGCAUGUCGGUUUCGAUCUCCUCAAUGAGUUAUGCUUUAGCCCUUUUAAGAAGCUAUACAAGUACCUGCGCAGGGUGAAGCGAACUGGAGAGGCAACCCUCCGCGGCAGAGAUGCACCGUCCCAAGUGGUUAGCGACCGAAGAGAAGUAGACUCCAAUUCGGAUAAGUCGCCGAGUCUAAAUCUGGCUAACCGAUUUACAAGCGCUAAGAAAAGUAUGCUCAAUUUCAACUUUGAAGAAAGUAAUAUGUCGUGCCAAAAUAGCUAUUCGAAGAAUUUUAUUCAGAAUAUGAAAAAUGAUUAUAAUGCCUAUCUGGACUAUCAGCGGAAGAAGGUUGAAUAUGAGUUCAUCGGGUUCAGCGCGGAGGAAAUUAAAAUGACAUUCAAUAAUAUUAAAAAGUUGAAGGAGUACGUAAACAUGUUCGUUAGCAUUAAGGACAUUUUGUUAGAAAUUUUCGUCGGGGACAAUAAGCUGCUCGAGUGCAUAAAUGAGUUCAUCGAGGGGGCUGAUGAGAACGCCACCGGGAAUGGGAGCGGCUGCGGAAGCGACAGCGAUGAAGACAACUGUAGCCAGGAGGACAGUGGCAAGGGUAACGGUAGAGACGGAGGGAUAACCGCAGAGAAGGAAUUCUUCGCCGAGGAGAAUACCCCCUGGAACGAAGACCUCGUGGAUAUAGACACACACAACGAGCAAGGCCAAAGUGACAAUCGCAAAAAAGGGGCAGAGGAAAACCAGGCUACAAGCUACUUUCUGUACAAAUUUGGAGUUCUAGGAAAGGCAGAAAAGGAAAUCAAUUUAAAAAUCCUCAUAAGGUGUUUCAUGUCCAAGUAUGCGCAUGAAUAUUUAGCCAUGAUAAACCCAAACCUGAAGAAGAAGAGCGCCAAGAAAUUCAUUAACAUCGUCUUGCUCUACAUGCUAAUUAUGAACCGCAAAAUUUUCCUGCACCAAUGUAUAAGUAGCGUUAUAAGUAUUUUGAAUAUUUUCAAGGUGUACAAUUUGAAGUUGAAGCUUUUGAAGCAGAAGGAAAAGAGCGUACGCGAUAACGACAGUGCAUCCUCUAACUUGAAUGAUGGGACGAACACCCUUCUGAGCAAGCUUCUGAACAAACAACAGAAAAUCAUAAACAAAGCCAUCAACACGAUUCAGCUAGGAACGAAAAACCUCACGCAGCUGACGCUCACGGAGAGGCACUACUUCACAAUGAGGAGCAAAUCCAGCCACCAAAAAAUCGCGCACAGAAAUUUGGACCACAAUUCGGAUUCGUCAGAUGUGUCUACGUGCUACUUCUCCAGUGACCAGUACGAGGAGGGGCAGAGAACUCGCCCUAUAAAGAGAGAAGAAAAUGAAGGGGAAAAAUACUUGAACAGUUUAGGGGAAAAGAUGGUGGACCCAUUAUUGCUGGGUUUGCGCCAGGAAACACAAGAGGAGGAUAAUGCGAAGAACGAGAGCAAAGUGCAGAACGGGGAGAGUACCAACUGUUACUACACAUACGACCCAAGGCUGCUAAUUUUUGAGUACACGAACAAUUUAAUAAUACGAAAGAAGCAAGUAAAAAUGAUAAAGAAGUUUAAGAGAGAUUUUAUAAAGAAAAAAAAACAGUACUGUUAUCAAAUAAUUAUGGGAGGAGGAAAGACAACGGUGUUAUCACCACUCUACUUUUUAAUCUUUUCCAACUACUUCUUAGUGUUUAAUAUGUGUCCCCAUCCCUUAAUUCACUUUACAAUAAAUACAUUCCGAUCAAGAUUUUCUUCGAUCAUAAAGAAGAAUAUCUUCUACUUUAAUUUCAGUCGAUACGAUAAUAUCACGACCGACUUGUACAUAAGUCUGUGUAGUGCACUAGAGAACAAAUACAUUUUGGUGACGAGCCCAACUUGCAUCAAGUCUCUGUUCCUUAAAUUGGUGAACACAAUUCAGGAGCUAAAUAAUAUCAAAACAUUUGACAUGAUUAAGCAGAAGGCGAAAACACACAUUACGGAUGCCCUAACAAAAUUUCUAGGGUUUCAAAAUGAUGAGAAUUCAAUGAAUGCGGGUAAUUCCGCUGGACUCAGAAAAACAAGCACAAGUAUGUCUGGUUAUGCGUCGAAACCUGGGCACCCCCCAAUGACAAGUGAUUAUAAUAUACUCAAAAAACAGCUCGAUUUGUCCGUUCGUAUUUUCGACAUAUUAAAUAAGAGUAUUUUACUGAUUGACGAAAUUGAUAACGUUUUGCAUCCCCUCAAGAGUGAGUUACAUUGGCCUUACGGCACAAAUAGAGAAAUUGAUCUGGUGAAUGUGGUGAGAAAUUUUACUGAUGUGUUCAUGAACAACCCUUAUUUGAAAUUUUUGUAUGAUAAUAAAAACGAAGAUGUGGAUAUUAGGAGCGUCAAAAUUGCGGUAGCAAAUCGGAAGGAUGUAAGCGCCAAUUUGUUGAAUCAUAUUAGACAGCUGCGGGAGGAGGAGCAUGCCCAGAGACAGGCGCAAAGACAGUUACAGUGGCAAUUGCAGCUGGAGGGAGGUAACGAUGAGGAUGAUGGAAUGAGGAGGACAGCUCACCAUGUCAAUUACGGAAGUACGGGAGGUAGCAAUUCGUAUCAUGUGGAUCAUCUCCGAAGUGAUAACAAAAUGAGAUUCAAAAAUGGAGCGAUCAACAAUUUUAACAACUCCUUAUCAACGCAGUUGUAUAGAAAAGAAGAUGCAGGUGAUUAUGGGGGGGUACACGGUACUAUGGGAGAAGGUGGCAUAUCUGGGGGUGCACUUGGUGGAGUAAUUAAUGGAACAACCAAGUAUAGAUCUGUGAAAAUGCCAAACAGCGGAGAGACAGGCACAACAUAUACUUACAUCGAUUUAAGCCUAUUCAGAUAUAAGCUAAGUUGGGUCCUGAUCGAUUUUUUUUUCUACCCUGUAUGUAAGAAGCUAACCAUCCCGAUGUACAUCCACUUUAAUACAAAUACAGAAUAUAUAGAGGACCUUCUAAACACAUUUAACAAAGAAAUUGAAAAGGGGAUAAAAAACCACGAUAUUUCAUUGAUCCCGCAUUUCCACAUAAUAAAUUUUAAGUGGUAUGAUAAUAUAAUAUGGAUCAUUGCUCGCUAUGUGUAUUACUUUUUACUAUGCUAUAAGAUAAGUGGAGUGUCGCAAAAGGUGAUUGAGUCCUAUUUAUGCAUACCUCUGUGCAUCGGGUACAAUGACAUAAACGUGAAGAAUAGGUGCAGGGAUAACAACUUCAGUAGCUCCACGAUAAGGAGAUUAUUAAAUAUUAAAAAAAUUUCGAACAAGAAUUAUUCGACCGAUGCAAGCAAUUUGAGGAAUGAAGAUUUGCAUGUCCUAUCGAGUGAUUACCAUUUUAAAAUCUUUGAGAAGAUAAACACGUUGGAUUAUAUUUUGUGUAAAAUUUUAAAUCUUUGUCGACUUUACAUCAAUGGAAUUUUGCCAUUCGUUUUUUCUAAAGUGAAUACAGUGCAUUAUGGAAUCCUUUCCGCGGAACAGAUUAAUAGGUGCCAAAUGAUCAUGAGCAAGAGUAGGUACUUCCUGGCAGUUCCUUACAUUGGCAAAGACACUCCCUCUGAAAUGUCCGAGUUUACAAAUGUGGAUGUUGUCGUUUCGCUCACCAUUUUAUCCUAUCGGUACCAGGGUAUGAGGUACUUUGACUUUAUCCUGAGUAUGAAAAAUAUUUUGUACAACUAUUCUCUCGAAAAGGAUUACGAGCGUGUGCAGAGCGAGUCCUCCGACGGAAGCUCCAGUGAUGAGGGAAGCGUGAGGGACGAGCGAAGCAACACUUAUGAGCGAGGCAGCAGUGAAGAGGAAGGCAGCACUGAUGACGCACUUGCGGACAAGACAGACGGGUACACCCACUCGAGUGGGGAUCAAGCUGGUGAAGGAAGUUCUGCGAAAAGGAGCAGCUUGAUGGAAACGGAUACGUCUUGCACCGGGGCCACGUCCACCGAGGAGGCGAAUGGGAAAAAAUCGAAUGAAAAAACGCGAAAAACACGCAAAGGAGAAGUGAAGAUGAGGAAAAAUAAGGACAAGCAGACAAGUGAAAACAUGAAUAGAAGCACAAAACAGAUAGGGGAAAAGGUGGAGAGAAAAGGAAAGCAAACGAAAAGAGAAUUAAAAAACAUGUAUGAUUUGUACAGAGAAGUGAUUGAAACCAGCGGAGCAAAAAUAAGGAAAACGAAAAAGGAUAUUAACAACACGAACUUUUUCAUAUACGAUAACAAUAUCAACAAGAAGAGAGAACAAAAUAGGAAAACCAAAUUAGGAAAAAAUUACGUAGAUAAUAUAGACAGGAUAGAUUUAAGUGAUAAGGAAAUGCUAUACGAUUUAUACAAUUUGACCAGAAAUAACCCAUUACUAAUUAGUUAUUUCCUGUUAGGAAUUAUUCUUAACAAAUAUAUCAAGCAUACAGAAAAGCAGCUUUCGUCCAACUCCCAAGAUUUAACGAACAAUGUUUUGUUUAAGUAUGUUGUGGGGUAUAGUGGGACAAGCAAUGAUAUACUACCUGAAGAAAUUCACAAGUGUAAAUUUGAAAAAAGAACCAUUGGUUCUAUACUUAACAUUAUUAAUGAUCCUAAGAUUGUGAACUUUAUUUUCUUACCAUCUCAAAUUGCCCCCAUUGAUAUUUUAAGGAGCUUGGCAUUUUCAAAAGUAAAAUUUAAUAGCCUUAUAGAUACGGGCUACUUGAUUAAUAAUAUUUCACCAAAAAAAGUCGCCUAUUACAUUUUGCAAUUCCUGGACUAUAUCGACUGUUGUGUGUACAUUGAUAAUGGGAAGCACAUGUGUAUGUUGCCCUUGGAAAGGAAAAGGAGAGGAAUGAGAAAAAAAAAAAAAAACAGAAAUAAAGUUCUGAUGGACUGCCCCGAAAAGGGGAAAGACGAUAAGGUACGUGAUGGGGGAUAUAGAGAGAAGACAACCCCAGGUGCGAGUAAAACGCGCAAGAAUAACAAAUCCGCAAUGAAAAGAAGAAGAGGAAGAAGAAAGAAAAAUGCAAGUAGUGACAAACAAAGUGGAAAUAAAAUAGAAAAUAACCUGCACCUGAAUGUGGAAAUUAUUCCGCUGCAGGAUUGCUACGUGCCAAUUAAGAAACGGUUCAUCUAUUUUGAUCACAUUAAUACCUUUGGCCAGGACAUAAAACAGUACGUAAAUGCAAACAGCUUGGUGACCGUCAAUAUCGGGAAUGACAUUUCUUCUUUCAGCCAAGGUGUCUUUCGCUUGCGAUCGAUCGGCAUGAACCAGAAAAUAUUCUUCCUCAUCCCCAUGUGCCUCGUCAAAUUGAUGAAUGUAAACACGAGUCUGUUUAAGGACUCAAUUUGUGCGCAUAUGGUGAAGGGUAAAUCGGUAGGAGUACGGAUGGGAGGAGGAAACCACCUUACCCACUGUAAUAAACGACGGGGGGACAUCUCCUCGCAUGAUGAGAAGCAAAUGUUGAAGAGGUUUGCGAAAAGGAAGAAGCGAGUCCUGCUCGAGUGCAACAAGAACUACAGCGAAGGAAGUCAGACAGAGUCUGAAAACGGCAUGGGGGAGGCGACGACACUCCUUAGUAGCAGCAGCGGAGAAAGCGCGUCAAGCAGCGAGAGCGUUGAGAGCUGUGAAGUUGGACAUGGGAAGAAAUCCCCUGCCACCGAUGAGAUAAACAUAAAUGGUGAUGGGACGGUUCGUCAGGAUGACGACAUCGAGGACGUUCCCCUGGGGGAAGACGAAGAGAAGGAUGAUGACGCCUUACAUGUGAUGGACCCACGGGAAGAAUGCAUGUUCGUGAUCGACUGCUACAAUAGUAUCCACUUGGAAGAAAACUCAAAGGAAGAGGUUCUAAAAGAGUUGACGUACUACCUCAUUCUUAACAAUAUAAGUAACAACAUAAAGCAAUGCGAGCUUCUGUGUGUGCAUGGCAUAGUUAACAUAAUAAAGAGGAAGAGCAUCAGGAUGCUAUUAGAUAAUUAUAUAAACAUUGGUGUUUUUAAUUAUAAAGAUUAUUUGGGUAUUUUCAACACAAGUAUUGAUUUUGAUGUGCAGACACAGGUACCCUCCAAGAGCAGCUCGUUACUUUGCAUAGUUCAAUUGAUUGAGAAGUUUCAAAAUAUUUUCACCAAAGAGGAUGAAUUAUUUCUUCAGGACAUUAUUUAUCGCUACUUUUGCUUACAUUAUGAUAUUUCUAAUAAAACAAUUGUAAUGUAUUUUGACGCCUUUUUUCCUCGAAAGAAUUUUAUGAGUACAAAUUUACCGCACGUAAUUUUAGACCUAUUUGAAAAGCUCAAGAAGAUCAAAAAGGACCACUGUGUUCUGUCGUAUAAGAAAAACUUCAUGAAGAGGAACACCAGCAAUGAGUACAACGCGGAGGAUGAUAACUCAAUAGAUAAUCACUUGUUCAGUCUAGAAAAUGAACAGGAGAAAGAGAAGGAAAAAGAGAAAGAAAAAGAAAAGGAAAAGGAGAAGGAGAAAGAGAAGGAAAAAGAGAAAGAAAAAGAAGAAGAAAAAAUUCCGGAAGAUCAAAAAAAAAAAAAUAUAAAAUGUAAGAAAGAUGAAUACAAAUUGUAUAGAUGGACCAUGGAUGAUAUUAAUUCAGAUUUAUUUGGAGCUAAGACAAAAAAAAGAGGAGAUCAAAACAAAGGGGAAGAAACAACUGGUACUGCCAUGUCUUACAUAAAUAAUAAAGUUGUAGAGAAGUUGACUCGAUUGACGGAAGAUAACCAUCUUUUCAUCCCCCUGAAUAAAUUACCAGUGAAUGAUAUAUAUAUGAACUUUCCCUCCUAUGUGUAUGUGUCCAAAAAUUUUAUAAACAUAGACUCAAUCAACACCAAGAAGGGAAAGAAGCUCAUGAAUGUCUUGGUUGUUAUUGAGUGUGUGCACAAUGCACAGGAACAAGUCACUUCCUUGAAUCAUCAGAGACACAACAACUACGACGAAUAUGCAGAAAGAGAAGCUUUGCAAAAUAUAUGGAAUAUUUUAAAGGAAGAUAAUCUACAAGAGAUUUUAAAUAUUUUGGACAUCAAUCCUUUUAAGUAUUCGUAUGACUUGGCGAAAGUUAUGACGGACCAUGUGAAGAACAGUGAGUUUGAUGGCAACAAGUUUGACACCUUCAUUUCGCUACUAAACAGAAUGGAACUUUACUUUAGUAAUAAAAACAAAAAGUACAUCAUUUUAAGCUUGCAAGAGGCGGAGACCUUGCGUUAUUACAUCCAUAAGAGGUUCAGUAGGCAGAAAGUGGAGAUGGCUUUGUCCGGUAGAUCCUCCCAUUUGGUGAAAACGGACAGUUUUUACCUUCCUUCCAAGGUGGAACCAAACAAUAAUGCUAAUUCUGUCCUACAGGGUUGUAUGGAGAAGAAAGGGAAAAUUCACUCCAUUGGUGACAACCUUUUUGAUGGCCCCAACGAGGGACAUACCAGCAAUGCGCAAGUGGAGCAAGGGGGCCCAGAUUUAAAUCACAAAAUACACAACUUCAUGGAGGAAGAAAUGUUCCAACAAAAUUUAAUAAGCGAUGGGUGGGGAUUGAACAACAACCUGUCCAGCAUAACACUGGAGGGAAAGGACGAAGCGGACGAUAUGGAUCACUUUUUUAUGGAGGACAUUAAUAAAAAGGAAGUGGAGAAAAAGACAAACGUGAGUCAUACAAGCAACUGGGAGAUUACACAAAAGGGGACCGUUAAGGAGGAACAAAACGUAGAAAUGCUGUCCAUCUAUGAGAAGGAAAAAAUGGAAAUCGAAACAAUAAAGGAGGAAAACUUCUUUUCAGAUAUGUACGUAAAUUUGUACAACUACCUCUUUUGGUUCACCCCUAUCGAAAUUACGGACCGAAAUAAUCUGAGGAAGUAUCUGUCCAGGCAAAUACAAAUAGUGUACAGUGUAUGUAAAUUUUUUAAUUCUGAUCGGAAAUUUAUUGACGCACAUGUGAAUUUGUUACUACAGUACUUGAAUUUUAAUUCACCCAAGCACCGAUUUAGCUAUUUUAAUGAUUUAUAUCUUCUGAGGAGAAUAAUGAAGGACAGUCUAACCAAGAGUAAUCUGAAAAUGCCUGAGAAGAAUAGCCUGCUCAUCAAGAAAAAUAUCGAAUUAGAAAUGGUAGAAAAAAAGCUUUUUGAAGGGAAUGGAGACAUUUAUGCUUUUAAAAUUAUGCAACAAACUGUUCGACAAAGUUUAAAAAAAAAACAAUUAACACUUCAAGAAAUUUUUGACAAAGAUGAUUUAGAUUACAUCUGCAGCAAACAGGACAUACGAAUCCUUUUCGAAUUUUUAAAUAUUCGGGAUAGCAAAUCUGUAAAUGUUUUAUUUGACAUUUUGGGUUCCACCAUUUCUUUGCACGAGCUUUGCUUUACUCUGAACCCUGUGGAAAAUAUCAAAAAAACAGAUUUCCACAAGGAUCUCUACACUGAGGACAAGAAGACAUACGCCGAGGACUUUGUCAAUGAAGCUGAAAAGUACCUCAAGAAUUUUAGGUUUUCCCUCACGGAGCAUACGUAUUUUAAGGUGAUAUGGUCUGGUAGGAUAUCCAGCCAGCGAAUUGUUCAGGAAUCGCUGGACGGCCGGGAGGCAGGAACAAUUGGCAGCGAUAAGAGGGCCCCGUUCGGCAGUAGCGCGAACAGGAACGCCAUCCCGAAUGAGCGAGACCCCUACAACAAGUCGCCAACGAACGAUUUGCUAAGCGACAUUUUUGGAUUCAACAAGUCGCAGAGAGACGAGCAGAUUAACCACCCAGUCAAAAAUUCGGAACAAUUUUAUAUCUACGAAGCGGAAAAUAUAGACCCUAAAGACAGAGGAAUGAUGAGUAAAAAUAAACAUAAAAUUAUUUUUGGCCACUAUGCUUCGACCAAGCCAGGGGAUAAUAAUUUCCCAAUAUUAGAAAUGACAGACAUAUCGAUCAACAGCAUGUACACAAGUGCAUCUGCCCAAGAAAUUCUUAACCUUCUCUUCCCUUAUCCUAAAAAAUAUUUGUUACUGUGGCAUGAAGAUUAUUCCAUAAAAAGCGUCGAUGAGUGCCUGCACAUAUGGAAGCCCGUCUUGUCUUCUACCCAUAUGUCCGGCACCACCUUCCUGGGCUUCGUGGUCACCGUUGGCCCGCACCAGCCUCCCUUGAACAAGAUCCGGGCUCUACCAAAGUCGCUGAUCAAAGUGGUGCAGAAUAAGAAGUUUGCCACCUUUUACUCGGACAAUAGUUUCUCCAUAGACAACUCGGGCAUUUUAAAUUCUCUCAACGUUCAUUUUUACAAUGGCCUGGACGUUAACAACUACGAAGAAUUCCUCUUUAGAAAUUUCUCCCUUAGCAUUGCCGCUAGGGUUAAAAAGAUCAAAUCUGUGAAUGAAGACAUCUUCAAUUUAUGGGGCGAAGACAAGCCGCAGGAACAGGAGGAUGCAGACGAGACCUCCCCCGAGUGGGAAAUAAUUCCCCAGUGCUUUUAG